AUGUCUCAUCGACGGCGACGGAUCUACCAACGUGAUACCAUCAUGCUCCUUCUCCCUAAUUCACCAGAGUUUGCUCUCUGUUUCCUCGCCGUCGCUUACCUCGGAGCCGUAUCCACCACCGCGGAUCCGUUCUAUACAAAGUCUUCCCUGAAACUCUUUCUUAUUGUAGUGCUAGCUUUUGUUGAUUGCUCUCAUGAUGAUGUUUUGGACAGAGGAAAGGAAAUCCUUGGAACAUUUAGUCCUCAGCUGGAGCCAUACAAUCACGUGAUGCCUGAAGAGACCACUCCUUCUGGCAUGUUUGCUCGUGGAUCAUAUUCUGCAAGAACUAAGUUUCUUGAUGAUGAUAACAAGUGCUACAACAGAACCGUUUUUGAGGAAACACGCAACGAAACCAUGGCUCAAGAGCUUGGCAAUGGCCACACCAUGGUUCAAGAGGCAUUCAUCGGUGUUACAGAAGCUUCAUGGACAAUCACCAAGGCAUACCAAAACUACAAAUUCCAACAACCAUAUCAACAAGCAUUGAGUUACUGCUCAGUGGUUUUACAAGAUAACACUUGGCCUUGGACAGAGGAAUUAGAUGCUCUUUCUCAUUUAGAACUUGAAGACUUGGUAAAUUUCGUUCCACUGUUGUUAUCAAGAACCUUUCUUGAGUGCUACAUAGCAGGUACCAAUCUCAUCCUUGUUGUAUGA